GCGCUGACAUACAGCACUUGGCUGAAGUGUGAAGCGCACGCAGUUACGCGUACUGCUUAUGUUUUAAAUUUCGGUGAUUACUGUUCGUGAUAAGUUAAUGCAACGUUGAUAAUUACAGAAAGGCGUGGAAGAAACAAGGAGCCGGAAAACAGAUAACAUAGUCCGUAAAUGACUUGGUGAACUAAAUCAAAAUGUUGGCGGCAUCUCUGAGCACGCUCACACCGCGUAUGCGGUUCAACUUCUCUAAGCCAAAAAUAGAGAAUUUGGUAUUCAAAUUACACUACAAACUUACUGUCACCAUACUCCUAGCCUUCGUUAUCUUGGUUUGCGGAAGAGAAUACUUCGGGGAACAUAUCAAGUGCAUUUCGGACCAAGGAGUUCCAAAUCAUGUUAUACAAACUUAUUGCUUCUUUAUGGCGACUUUUACAAUUGUUCGGCAUUAUAACGAGAGCCUCCUUGAAGGUGGUUUCCUACCUCACCCGGGUGUUGGUCCUAUUCUUUCUACGGAUGAAACAUUGCACCACACCUAUUACCAGUGGGUGCCUUUUGUACUCUUCAUCCAGUCAAUAUGCUUCUAUUUGCCACAUUAUAUAUGGAAGAAGAAAGAAGGAGGUAGGAUUAAGGCACUCGUGGAUGGACUGCAAUACGCAGGCUUAGCAUUGGCAGAAGAGGAUAUGAAAUUCGGCACUACGACAGUACCUUCCAAAAAGUCUUUAGAGAAUCGAGUUGAUAUCAUAAAGAAAGAUAUCAUAUUAAGGUUACGAGUAAGCAGAACUUGGUCGACUUGGCUGGUGUCGAUGGAAGUGGCCAACUUGCUUCACGUCAUGUUUCAAAUUUGGAUGAUCAAUUUGUUCCUUAAUGGAAAAUUUAUCAGCUUGGGGGCGAGUGCUCUUCGAUACAAGGAAUGGAAUAUGAUUGCUGAUCCACUAGAGACGAUUUUCCCGAAGGUGACGAAGUGCACGUUCCACAAAUUUGGUCCCAGUGGCUCGAUCCAGCAGCACGAUGCACUUUGCGUGAUGGCGCUCAAUAUCAUCCACGAAAAGAUAUACGUCGUACUUUGGUUCUGGUUCUUGUUUCUUUUCAUCGCUUCUGCGCUUGCUGUUUUAUGGCGUCUGAUUUCGUUCUUCUUGUAUCGUCGUUCGUUAAGAUUCAACGAGAUGUUGCUACGUCACGCUUCGCAUAGAAAAUUCAAUCCUUACAAUGUGAUACAAGUGGUCAAUGGAUGUCAAUUUGCUGAUUGGCUCUUCUUAUAUUAUCUAGCAAAGAACAUGAAAGGAAUUGUCUUUCAGCAAUUAUUUGAGCGCUUGGCAGAGGAGUUGCAAAAAAGAGACAUGCCAUUUGAUCAAGAUGGCCACGAAGAAAAAGGUGCAGAGCCAGUGUUUUUAGGAAAAGUUGAUUUUGCUGACGAAAAACUUCCUUUGACUCAAGACUUAAAGGAAAAAUCCUCGUAAAAGUGUCAAAUUAAUUAAGCUGUGAUAGGAAAUACGAUACAACUCACAUUGUGAUCAUCGUUUGUAGUGAUGCUCAAAUGUUGAAACUUUAUUCUACACGCCAUUUAUAAUGGAGGUCUUCAAUGACCGACGUUCUUGAAAAGCAAUAACAAUUAUAUUUCAAAUUAACGAUUUAAUUUUGCUCAAACAAGAAUCUUUCUUCGUAAAUGCCAAAGACUAGAUAGAGCAAAAUUAUUACAACAUCUUCAAUAAAAUGAUAACUUGUAAGUUAUAGCGCAUAAACAGUAACAGCCUGUCAAUGUCCCACUGCUGGGCUAAGGCCUCCUCUCCCUUUUUGAUGAGAAGGUUUGGAGCUUAUUCCACCACGCUGCUCCAAUGCGGGUUGGUAGAAUACACAUGUGGCAAGAUUUCAAUGAAAUUAGACACAUGCAGGUUUCCUCACGAUGUUUUCCUUCACCGUCAAGCACGAGAUGAAUUAUAAUCACAAAUUAAGCACAUGAAAAUUCAGUGGUGCUUGCCCGGGUUUGAACCCACGAUCAUCGGUUAAGAUUCACGCGUUCGAACCACUGGGCCAUCUCGGCUUUUUACUGGGCCAUCUCGGCUUUUUUUUAUAGCGCAUAGUAAGUUUAAACGGACCAGGGUAUUAUAAGAAUAGGUAAUAAGAAUGAUCAUCAUCAGAUUUAAAAAAAAACAAAUAGUUAAUAGCUUUAUUGGUGAUUGCGCACAUAAAAUUGAUUAAAGAAUAUAUCGAGCUGACGUUGAUGGAACACCAAUUGCGAUAAUUGGUGCCAUCGAUGUCGUUUGUUGAAAUUGGUUCAAUUUUAUCAUUAGAAGUUUCUUCUUUUAAUCCGUAACCGUAACAGCCUGUGAAUGUCCCACUACUGGGCUAAAGCGUCUCCUCUUUUUGAGGAGAAGGCUUGGAGCUUAUUCCACCACGCUGCUGUGGGUUGGUAGAAUACACAUGUGGCAGAAUUUCAGUGAAAUUAGACACAUGCAGGUUUCCUCGCGAUGUUUUCCUUCACCGUAAAGCACGAGAUGAAUUAUAAUCACAAAUUAAGCACAUGAAAAUUCAGUGGUGCUUGCCCGGGUUUGAACCCACGAUCAUCUUCUUUUAAUACCAGAUGUUUAUUUGUAAAAAUAUAUAUUUGUGGAAUUAAAUGAGUGACGUUACCAUUUAAUAAAGACAAUCAGUAUUGUUUAAUCAUAUUUCCCAGUGGUUUUUGUAUGUUAACUUCGGGUCUUAUAUACCAUAAAACACAUUGCAAUUGUAAUUUGAUUUACUUUCGUUUUUAUUAAUAAAAUACAAUAUAAUCGCUUUACAAUCAUCUUACUUUCCUUGGGAUAAUAUUUAUUACAUGUGAUUUUUUUUUAAACUCAUUAAAUCUAACGAUAAUAAAUUUAUUGAAAAUCAUGAAAAUAUUGUAAUUAGCAACUACGGACUAUACGUUAUAUCAAAGUCCGUUCCGUGUAGACAUUAACAUAUAAAUUAAAUACUAUUAAAACUAUGACAUUUAUAAUUAAAUUGAUUUUUAAAAUGUAUAUAAUCUACGCUUAGCAUUUUUAAUGUCAGUUCCAAGCCAAUAGAGAAAGUCACAACAAAAGAUUGUUGUUUUGAAAAUUUUUGAUGUAUUCAGUUGUAGCAAUACUUUGAAUGUUUACUGGUGGUAGGGCUUUGUGCAAGCUCGUCUGGGUAUGUACCACCCACUCAUCAGAUAUUCUACCGCAAAACAGCAAUACUUGAUAUUGUUGUGUUCCGGUUUGAAGGGUGAGUGAGCCAGUGUAAUUACAGGCACAAGGGACAUAAAAUCUUAGUUCCCAAGGUUGGUGGCGCAUUGGAUAUGUAAGCGAUGGUUGACAUUUCUUACAAUGCCAAUGUCUAAGAGCGUUGGUGACCACUUACCAUCAGGUGGCCCAUAUGCUCGUCCGCCUUUCUAUUCUAUAAAAAAAAAAAAGAAUGAUAAAUUAUUUUGUGUGUAAUUGAAUUAUAACUUAUUAUUAAUUUUGACAGUACAAUUGAAAACGUUGCCAUUGUUGUUAAUACAUAUUAAUUUGAAGGUGAAAAUUAUAACUGUGUUAUUAUUAUGUGGUGUGCAUUGUAUUAUAUAAAUAGAUUGUAAAUUUUUUUAA